AUGACAGCAAGACUACUUUCAACAUCUGAUGCUUUGGUUGAAGUUUCUGAUCAUAUUCUAAACACCAUCGAUUCUUUAUCCAAAGUAGAAUACAACAAAAAGGGAAGAAAAUAUCGAUUUGUAAAUAAUCAAUUUCAAAGAAUUAGACAAGAAGAUAAAUAUUUAAUUAUCAAUCCCGAAAAUCUAGAUGACAAUCUAGGACUCCUUUCCGCAUUUAAUAUCCUAUCCAACAUUAACAAUGGUGAGAUAUUAGACCAAUUCCCUGAAUUCUGUGUCACCAUAUUAGGUAUGGCCCAAGUAUUAGAACGUAAGAAAUGGUAUGAGGAAGAGAAUCAUUGUGUUUUACAUAUCAAGAAUGCCAAAUAUGAUCCCCGGGAAUUAGCGCAAAUCGCUGACGAAUAUAUUCUCGAUCAUCCAAUUACAGAUCAACAUAUUGAAUGGGGAGUCAAUUUAAUGAUUGCAAGUAAAUUAAAUUUUUUCCAUACUGAUCAUCAUAUAGGUACGAAAUUAGAAGGAUUAUAUAUGAGACAAUUUAUUGAAGAAUAUUUUGGAGAAGACGCUUUAAAUUCCCAUGAUGUCUUGAUUGCUCUCAAAAGUUGUGUUCAUUGGGGUAAUAUCAAAGGAAUACUUUAUAAAUUAGAAGUACCAAAUCUUUCCCUUUCUCAAGACAUAAUUGAAAAUUUCGCCAGUUUCCCUGAUCCAUUACCAGAAUUGAAAAUGAAUAUUUAUGAAAGAUAUCCAAGUGGAACUUCCAAGUAUUCCCUUAUUCGAAAAGCUAUCGAUUUGUUAUGUGAUUGGAAAUAUUCUAAAUUGGUGGACAUACCUCCACAAAUCGAUUUUGAGUGGAUAUUUGAAUUAUGUCAUGAUAUUGAAUCAGACCCAAUUAAAUAUCAUCUUCGAUCACUGACUAAACAACUUUGUGAUAAUCCAGUUAAUUUACAAGAAUUGAAUGUGAAAUAUAACGCCAGAAUUAAACAAUUAUUGAAUUUAAUCUCCACGAUAAUAAAUAUCUUCCCCGAAACCGGUGGGGAAUUCUUGUUACAAAAUUCAAAAAUUCCAAAGUUUACUCCCGAUUUGAUUAGUGAAGAAUAUUGUGCAAAAUUGAUUAAAUUACAAGAACAAAUUGAAUCUUAUGAAGAUAAAGAAUGGGAUGUUGAAGAUAUUGUACUUAGAUUAUAUACUGGUGAUUUGGAAAAUUCAUUAUUUGAAAGAGUUAUGAAAAUGAGAGAAAAGUUCAGUGAUGAUUAUGAAUAG